AUGCUUUCAACCUUUACCUCCAGAAUCAUAAUAUUUGUAUGUUUAGUAUUGGGAUCACCAUUGGCCAUCAAACCCAGUUCAAAAGGCAGAUUGACACUAGGAGACAUAGGGGACUUCGAUAGACAAUUAUUGGAGCAGUGUCAUGAGAAAUGCAAGAAUGGCAUAGACAUAUAUCUCACUAAGGGGCGUGAAGCGCUGAUGGCGAAAAUUAUCUUGACGGUUAAGAGUGAUGAGAAUGGCAUUCUUCCCGACGAGACAUUUUCUUACCAGGAAUGCAUGACUCCAUGUCUAGGCUUGGAGCAUGAUAAAGAAUUAGAAAUUCCCAAAAUCCACAUCCUAAGUGAUUUUUUUCAUGUAUUUAACCAUGGGUAUGACCCAUCAGAUCCGGUUUUGCUCGCAAUCAACUCUACCAUUACGAGAGACAUCGGCGACGACGAAUUGUCUGAGGGUGAAUACCCAGGUGAAGGCUGGCAUGAUGGUCAUGGGUGGUGCUUUGAAAGCACUUGUUAUUCUCCUUGGAAGUACUGGCUCUGGGGAAAGAUUUCAAAUUGGAAGAUGAUGCCUUUGCAAGCAAAAGAAUAUAUACAUAACAGAGCCAAAGCACGCUUGAGUGCUCAGUAUGAGACUUAG